CUUUGAAAGGGAGACUGGAGAGACUCAGAGAAGUGUUACAAGUUAGCCGGUGUGCUGUCUGGUUAGAGCAGGGUGGGAACCUUCCUAGCAGUGGGGCCCCUUGGGUCAAAAGCCUUUGAAGAGCUGAGUGCCUUGGAAUCGUUGAAGAUCUAGCUUGGCCCCUGCGCUCUCUCUCUCUCUCUCUCUCUCUCUCUCUCUCUCUCUCUCUCUCUCUCUGAGUUUUCAGACAUCUCCUUCCUGUAAGCUCUCAUCUGUGGCUGCUGCAGGACUUGCUCUUCUUCCCUGCUUAGGGUAGAAUUGCACUUUCCAAACCUUCGGGGAUAGGAAGGCAUACUCUGGAAGACAUGUUAACAUGUAAGAAGCGCUUGGCGGGGGUUGGGGAUUUAGCUCAGCGGUAAAGGCCCUGGGUUCAGUCCCCAGCUCCGAAGGAAAAAAAAAAAAGAAGCGCUUGACCUCUGGUCUUUCGAACAAGCAGAACACAGAGACGCGGAGGUCGCAGAGCGGUGGGUACUGGUGAGGAUUUAAAUGCAGAGGACUUUCUCCUCCUUGCAGCCCCCUUAGACAUCAUGCUUCCAUGCCUCCAGAAGGCGCUGUUAAGCAUCUGGGACCAAGGAUGCUAUGUUUCCCCUCCAUAACUAUUUAGGUCUCUGAAAGAAUAGAGCACUCAGUCUCAGGAUUUUGGGGGUUUGAUGGGAUGUUUAUUGUCUUUCCAACGAAGGAACAACCCUAGGUGGGGCUGAGAGCCUCUCUGAGCGUCCCAGCUGUAUUCCCCCAUCUCCCAGACUAUCACCCCUUCCUUUUGCUCUGUGGCACCUCACAGAUGACUUCACUCCCAGCUGCAAAGAGAAUCUCAGCUAUUACCCUUGACUGCCCCGCCCUCAUGGCCUUCCCCACUGCCUACCCCCUGACUGACAGCAUUUUAGAACCGCUUGGCCUGAAGCCUGCGUUAGAUGUGUCUAUCCUCUUCUGAGAAGCCACCUCCGACCGACCAUAGCUCCAGGGCAAAGCUUCUGUGUCACGCUCUUUCACUGCACAGAUUUGUGAGAUGAUCCAGAAGUCUGUGACCUCUGAUCUGCAGCCUUAUCUCCAAACUCUGCCAGUCACAGCGGAUAUCGACACUAUCCUGGGCAUUGACUACAGUUUGGUGGCGGCUCCCCAAGCAAAGGCCCAGACGCUGGAUGUGAUGUUUAAGGGUGAAAUUUUUAAUCGGAAUCACCGCUCCCCAGUCACUACCCCCACCCCGACCAUGAGCCUACCUGAGGACAGUAAACAAAUGGUCUACUUUGCCAUCUCAGAUCAGGCCUUCAACAUAGCCACCCGGGUUUACCACCAGGCCGGGUACCUGAACUUUACCAUCACAGAUGACAUGUUACCGCCUGACUCCAACAUCCGGCUGAACACCAAGGCCUUCCGCCCCUUCACUCCUCUGAUAACCAGAAAGUACCCCGACAUGAACUUGGAGCUUCUUGGAACAGUGGUCUCUGCCCCACUUCUGAAUGUCAGUCCUGGGAAUCUGUCCUUGGCCCCACAGAUGGAGAUUGAAGGCUUUGUGAUCCUGCCCAGCUCCGCCCGCGAAUCUGUCUUCCGGCUUGGCGUGGUCACGAAUGUAUUCGUCUCAUUAACUUUUGACAACAGCAAGGUCACCGGGAUGCUGCAUCCAGAGAAGGCGCAAGUGAGACUGAUCGAAUCCAAAGUCGGCAUGUUCAAUGUGAACCUGUUCCAGGCAUUCCUCAACUACUACCUUCUCAACAGCCUCUACCCUGAUGUCAACGAUGAGCUGGCCAAGGGCUUCCCCCUCCCUCUACCAAGGCGUAUUAAGCUCCACGACCUCGACUUCCAGAUCCACAAGAACUUCCUAUACUUGGGUGCCAAUGUCCAGUACAUGAGAGUCUGAGGACAAGAAGAAAGAUGGGCCUCAGAGGCCACAGCGGGACCUGCCAUUUGUAAUUCCAGAUGCGUAGCACAUCUCCAGAGAGUCUCAAAAUACAAAGAAGUUUCUGUUCCUGGCUCUGGUGGAUCCUGUCCCCACAGUCCUCUUCACCAGGUGCACCCUCAGCCUGGACUUGACUCUGACCUCUCCAGGGAGAAGCCCUCCCCUCACCAACCUCUCCAGGGAGAGCCCCUCCCCCCACCAACCUCUCCAGGGAGACCCCUCUCCCACCACUGACCUGGAAUCACUUAAAGAGCAGGCACUGUGGUUUUGAGUGCACCUUCUCACCUUCAUGUCUGACGGAGUGCUGGCACUUAGUAGGUCCUCAAUAAAUAUUUAUAGAAUGACA